AUGGAGAACGAUCUUUCACAGUCUAUACAAGAAUGGCGGGCGCAGAUGGCUGCUAUGAGGCAAGCAUUGGCAAAUUUCAAGUUACCCGAAGCCGACAAAACAAAGGCCUAUGAAAUAGAGGACGACCUUGACCUCAAUGCUGAUGUUUCAGAUGAGCCUUACGACGACAUAUGGGAUAUUGAAAGUGAUCUUGAUGAUAGUGUCGAUACAAGAGAGUCAAGUCCUGGUCUUAAUGGCUUUCAUACUCCCGACUCGACACAAGGCGUUUACGACAAACGUUGGCUAAGACAUAGAUGUUCAGACUUUGCGAACAGAAGACCCGGAAUUGAUGCUUCUGACCUCGAACAGCAGAUCAUUGCACUCCUAGCAUCCGACAGUUCGAAUGACGAACUUCAGAUGUCCUUGGCAGAAAUAAUAGGCUACGACGACCUCGACUUCAUCAUCGAACUUAUCUCACAUCGCACCACAGCAUUGAAGGAUUCUGCCGCCAGCGAAACUCAGACGAAUGGCCUUCUUGCAGGUUUAGAGACAAGAGCACAACGACAAGCUCGACUGCGUCAGCAAGACUACGAGCACAAACAUGCUGCUCUUGCACCUGCCCACGAUCGAACCGGUCCUGUCUACCCUCACGUCUUCAAGUCGGAUUCAGCUGCAGCUGGCAACAUCCUUAGCGUUUCUGGACAGCGCUUCUCUUUGCCUGUUGGCAGUGAGCGUUCUGAGAAGCCCAGGUACGAGGAAUACUCCAUACCUGCAACGAAAGUCGGCACUCAAGCAGCGCAUCAGAAGCUCGUUCCUAUUGCUGAGAUGGACGGUUUAUGCCAGCGUACCUUUAAGAACUACAAGACUCUCAACCGUAUGCAGAGCUUGCUAUAUCCUGUCGCCUAUCGUACAUCAGAGAAUAUGCUAGUCUGUGCACCUACUGGUGCCGGUAAGACCGAUGCUGCUCUACUGACUAUUCUCAAUGCCAUUUCUCACAACGUCGAGCCAAAUCCAAUCGAGCAGCCCGACGCCCAAGAUUUUGUCGUCAACACUAACGCUUUCAAGAUUGUGUACGUUGCACCGAUGAAGGCUCUUGCCGCGGAGAUUACAGAGAAGUUCGGCAAGAAAUUGGCUUGGCUCGGCGUAAAAGUGAGGGAGCUGACUGGAGACAUGCAAUUGACCAGACGAGAAAUUGCGGAUACGCAGAUCAUCGUUACUACUCCAGAGAAGUGGGACGUCGUUACAAGAAAGAGCACUGGUGACACCGAGCUUGUACAGAAAGUUCAGCUACUGAUUCUAGAUGAAGUACAUCUCUUGCACGACGAAAGAGGAGCUGUUAUCGAAUCUCUAGUCGCAAGAACGGAAAGACAGGUUGAGAGCACUCAACGACUUAUACGCAUAGUCGGUCUUUCAGCCACGCUUCCUAACUAUGUGGACGUGGCGGACUUCCUAAAGGUCAAUCGAAUGACAGGCAUGUUCUAUUUCGACUCCUCCUUCCGACCAGUGCCACUUGAACAACAUUUUGUUGGCGUCAAAGGAAAGGCUGGCACUAAACAAUCUCGCGACAAUCUGGAUCACACUGUCUUUGAGAAGGUGAAAGAGAUGCUCAAGCAAGACAAACAAGUCAUGGUAUUCGUCCACUCAAGGAAAGACACUGUACUUGCGAGUCGUCUACUUUAUCAACAAGCUAUCGACGAUGGCUGCGAUGAGCUUUUUACGCCUGACCCAGCAGAUCCGGCAGUAAUUCGUGCUAUGAGUGACCUGAAGAGUACCAAAGGGCGCGAGCUGCGAGAUAUCGUGCCUAAAGGCUUUGGCUGCCAUAACGCUGGGAUGCCACGAUCAGACCGAAAUUACAUAGAACGAAUAUUUGCUGAUGGCGCCAUUAAAGUCCUUUGCUGUACAGCAACCUUGGCUUGGGGUGUUAACUUGCCUGCGGCAGCUGUCAUUAUCAAGGGUACACAGCUGUACAGUUCCGAGGCUGGAAAGUUCGUGGAUCUUGGAAUUCUCGACGUUCUUCAGAUAUUCGGUCGUGCUGGUCGACCACAGUUUCAAGACAAUGGUGUUGGUUAUAUUGUCACGACGCAGGAUAAGUUGCAACAUUAUCUGUCUGCAGUUACGUCUCAGAUCCCCAUUGAGUCAAGAUUCUCAUCACGUCUAGUGGACAACCUCAAUGCCGAAAUUGCUCUUGGAACAGUCACAACCGUCGCAGAAGCGGUGACGUGGCUGGGCUAUUCUUACCUCUUUGUGCGCAUGAAGCAAAACCCACGUGCUUAUGGAAUAGAUUGGGACGAAUAUCAAGACGACCGAGUACUAGCCGGACGAAGACGACAGCUUAUUAUUGACGCUGCCAGAACUUUGCACCGAAGCCAAAUGAUAAUCUUCAACGAGCGCACCGAGGAAUUGCGAUCGAAAGAUGUCGGUCGAAUUGCAUCCCAAUAUUAUGUGCAGCAAAGCAGUAUCGAGGUUUUCAAUGAGAUGAUGCGCCCUCAAUCUAGCGAGGCUGAUGUGCUGAAAAUCAUCAGUAUGAGUGGAGAGUUUGACAAUAUUCAAGUAAGAGACAGCGAGGCACAAGAGUUACGUCGUCUCGAGGACAAUCGUGUCUGCGACAUUGAGCAUGCUAAAAGCACUGCUACGGACAACAAAGGUGAUGAUAAGGGCUCGAAGGUGACCACCAAAGCCAACACGGAACAAGAGAAGGAGAAGAAAAUCAUCGAAAAUCAUGCCAAAACGAACCUCCUACUACAAGCCUACAUUUCUCGAUUGAGAUUGGAAGACUUUGCUCUGGUCUCAGAUUCCGCUUACGUUGCUCAAAACGCAGCUCGAAUUUGCCGCGCAUUGUUCAUGAUUGCUCUUAAUAGGGGUUGGGGUUAUCAAUGCGAAGUUUUGCUGUCGAUGUGCAAAUCUAUCGAAAAGCAGCAAUGGAGCUUUGUUCAUCCUUUCCAUCAAUUUGAUCUGCCACAGCCGGUUCUGAAACAGCUUGAUGAUAAGGUACCGACUUCGAACAUCGAAAGUCUACGUGAAAUGGAGCCUGCAGAGAUCGGAAGUCUGGUACACAACCAGAAAAUGGGUGGUGUGAUCACCAAAUUGCUUGACAACUUUCCCACCGUUUCAGUGGACGCUGAAAUUGCACCACUAAAUCGCGACGUUCUCCGUAUGAAGCUUUUCCUAUACCCUGAGUUCUACUGGAACGAUAAGCACCACGGCACCUCAGAAGCGUAUUGGGUUUGGGUCGAAAAUUCCGAAACCUCGGAGAUAUACCACCAUGAGUACUUCAUACUCUCUCGCAAAAAGCUUCAUGACAAUCACGAGCUUAAUUUCACCAUUCCCUUGAGCGAUCCCAUACCGGCACAAAUCUAUGUGAAAGUCAUAUCAGAUCGAUGGCUCGGCGCAGAGACUGUUUAUCCAGUAUCUUUUCAACACCUCAUUCGACCUGAUACAGAAAGCGUGUACACGGACCUUCUGGAUCUGCAACCUCUGCCUAUAACCGCACUCGAAAACCCUCUUCUAGAAGAGAUAUACAGCCCGAAAUUUCAGUUCUUCAACCCGAUGCAAACGCAGAUUUUCCAUACACUCUACCACACUAACAACAACGUCCUUCUCGGUUCACCUACCGGGUCGGGCAAGACCAUUGCUUGUGAGCUUGCAAUGUGGUGGGCGUUUCGAGAACGACCAGGCUCUAAGGUCGUGUAUAUUGCACCCAUGAAGGCACUAGUACGAGAACGUGUUCUUGACUGGGGCGCACGACUCGCUCCUCAACUGGGCCUCAAAUUAGUUGAAUUGACGGGUGACAAUACGCCGGAUACUAGAACAAUACGUGACGCGGACAUCAUCAUCACGACUCCCGAAAAGUGGGAUGGUAUCUCGAGAUCGUGGCAAACGAGAUCAUACGUACGACAGGUUAGUCUGGUAAUAAUCGACGAGAUACAUCUUCUUGGUGGCGACCGUGGUCCUAUCCUCGAGAUUAUUGUCAGUCGAAUGAACUAUAUUGCUAGCCAAUCCGAAGCUGGUGGCAUCCGACUCAUGGGUAUGUCGACAGCGUGUGCCAACGCUAGCGACCUUGGAAACUGGCUAGGCGUAAAAGCCGGAAACAAUCAAGGAUUAUUCAACUUCCGACACAGUGUGCGACCUGUACCCCUUGAAAUCUAUAUUGACGGCUUUCCAGAACAGCGAGGUUUUUGUCCACUAAUGGAGUCCAUGAACCGACCAACUUUCCUUGCCAUCAAGAACCACAGUCCAAGCAAGCCAGUCAUUGUUUUCGUAGCUUCUCGUCGUCAGACACGGCUGACAGCGAAAGGAUUGAUCAAUUACCUGGGUAUGGAAGACAAUCCGAGGCGGUUCAAUAACUUCGCGUCAGAGGAGGACCUCCAGCUUACCUUGUCCACCGUCAAAGAUUCAGCACUUGCAGAAGCUCUUUCAUUUGGAAUUGGUUUACAUCAUGCCGGACUUGUAGAGUCUGAUCGUACACUGUCUGAACAGCUAUUUGCAGCGAACAAGAUUCAGAUCCUGGUUGCUACCUCGACCUUGGCCUGGGGUGUUAAUCUGCCGGCUCAUCUAGUCGUUGUCAAAGGUACACAGUUCUUUGACGCAAAGAUCGAGAGUUACAAGGACAUGGACCUGACUGACGUACUUCAAAUGCUUGGAAGAGCAGGGAGACCUCAAUUCGACACAUCAGGCAUUGCACGAAUAUUUACUCAGGAUGCAAAGAAGGCAUUUUACAAGCACUUCUUACACACCGGGUUUCCAGUCGAAUCAACCCUACAUAAAGUGCUCGACAAUCAUUUGGGCGCUGAGAUUUCUGCAGAGGUCAUUACCACGAAGCAAGACGCUCUUGACUACCUGACUUGGACAUUCUUCUUCCGUCGAUUACACAAAAAUCCUACCUACUACGGCCUCGAAAUAUCAGCCGAAGAGCACCGCGAUAGUCCACUCGUUGCUCGGCAGCUCGCAGCAGAUUACAUGAUCGAGCUGGUCGACAAGUCGCUCAAAGAUCUUUCCGAGUCGUCUUGCUGUACCAUUCAUUCUAACGGGGACGUCGAUUCAACACCAUUUGGCAAAAUAAUGUCAUAUUACUAUCUCAGCCACUACACGAUCAAGAUGCUCCUUGCGAAUAUCACCGCACAACCAAAUCCAGCGUUCGCUGACUGCUUGGCUUGGGUUUCACUAGCCACUGAAUUUGUUGACCUACCAGUUCGACACAACGAAGACUUGAUCAACGCAGAGAUGGCAAAGAACCUUCCCUAUGCAUUUCCUGCUUCUGCGAUAUCUACCUCGCCUGGUACACCUGCAAAUCCAGAUGCUUCUUCAGGUAGCGAGCUGCCGAUGUGGUCGCCACAUAUCAAAUCCUUCCUUCUGUUGCAAGCCCACAUGCUUCGACUGGACUUGCCAAUCUCUGAUUACGUUGGUGAUCAGACCAGCGUAUUGGACCAGGCAAUCCGAAUUAUUCAAGCUAGCAUCGACACUUUCACGGAACUGGACAACUUGGCUGGCAUUACACAAAUGACUCGGUUACUGCAAUGCAUCAAGUCUGCACGGUUCCCAGACGACUACCCGCUUAGCAUCUUUCCUGGUAUCAGCGAGAUCUUCGACGAAACAUUGGCAGAUAAAGCACCAAAAGACCUUGUUCAGACUGCUCAAUUGGCAAAUCGAUACAACAAGAACACAAUAGACGCGCUUCUGAAGACUCUAGAUGUUCCAGUUUCGAGUCGCAAGGAGGCCCAACGAGCCAUUGACUUCCUUCCGGAUCUCGAUGUUACCGCGUCUGGAGCUGGACGAGAAGACGGUAGUUUGACCAUAACUUUGAAGAGGAGGAAUGCGCUGAAGGACAGAGAGGGCCGAGUAUAUGCACCACGCUUCCCAAAACCGCAAUCGGAAGGAUACUUUGUGGUAGCAUGUGCUGCUAGCACCUCAAAUGUCCUUGGUCUGAAGAGGGCAAAUUGGCCAAUAACUUCUGGUGCGGCCAAUACCGCGAACGUGCCCGCUGGAUCUGCAGGUGGUCCUAGAGCAAGGGGUGGACGCAUGGAAUCAAACACACGUCUGCGCAUGCCGGAAAACCUAGUACUAGGACGGGACGUUAAGGUCGACAUACUUGUACUUAGUGACGCUUAUCCUGGUAUGGAGUGGACUAUGAAGGACGUUGUGGCGCCGCAGAUGGUGCAGCAGCAAGAAGCACCGCAGACAGUAACUGUCCAGAUCGAUGAAGGCUUGAUCAAGGGCAAAGCAAAGCUCACUGGUUAG